AUUAUUUUAUAUUAUAAAAAAACAUUUUUAAAACACCAAAAUCCAGCAAUCCAGUUAUGUAUAACAUCCUUGAUUAUUUAGGCAACCAUUAUCUAUCACUUAUUUACACCCUUAUUUUUGCAUGGUUAAUUAUUUAUGGUUUAAUUCCAGUGAUAAAACUAUUCCGUUGCGGCUAUAACCAUCCCUUACCUUUACCAUUCUUUGGUACAUUCUUAUGGAUAUAUUUUAAAGGCUUCCAAAAAUGUCUCAUGGACUGGAACCAUAAAUAUGGACAAUUUUACGCCGUAGCUCAAGGCCAAAGCUUGGUUUUGGUGAUAAGCGAUCCUAACUACCUUAAGGAUAUAUUGGUUAAAAGUUUUUCCAAUUUUUCUAAUCGAAGAAUUUUUCCAGUCCGUAAUAAAUUUUUAAGUAAAUCAAUUUUCUCCACCACAGAUGAAGAAUGGCGCUUGGGACGGAGGCUCAUAUUACCUACUUUUACCUCCCACAAAAUGAAAUACAAUAUGUUUCCACUGAUUCUCAGCUGCGCCUCUCAAAUGGUAGGUCACUUAAAGGACUCAAUCAAUGGCGAUCUAAAUCUUAUUCAUAACAAUAAAAAUGAUGAAGAUAAAGACACUGCAGUUGUCGAUACCAAAGACAUUUUUGGGUGUUAUACUAUGGAUGUAAUUGCUUCAACCGCUUUUGGAUUGGAUCUAGAUUCGCACAAGGAAAACAACCAUGCUUUUGUUAGAAAUGCAAAAAAGGUGUUUGAUUUUGAGAUAACGAGACCAAUAUUGGCUGUGAUAGGACUUUUCCCAAUCAUAAUCCCUCUAAUUAAUUACUUCAAAAUAUCACUUAUUGAAGAUGCACCAAUGCAGUUUUUUGCUGACAUCGUUGAAAAUACCAUCGAGAGGCGGAAAAAGUUUAAUAUUAAAAGAAAUGAUUAUUUACAAUUGCUCAUUAACUCCCAUGAUAUUUAUAAAUCAAAUCAAUCGAAUUCAAAUGGGUCGCUUAAAGAAAAUGACUACACCACUAAUAUAAAUGGAUGUAAGAAAGAUAUUCAUAAUAUUUCUGAUGAUAUGAUGACCAUGAAUGAAGAGGACAGCAUCGAAACCAAAAAAGUUGAAAAUCAAAAUAUAUUAACCACUGGAAUGUCCAAAGAGGAGUACAUCUCUAACGCAUUACUGUUUUUCAUAGCUGGGUAUGAGUCAACUGCAAAUGCUCUAAGUUGGACAGCUCGCACUUUAGCCUGUCAUUCUGAAAUUCAAGAGAAUCUAAGGCAGGAAAUAAAACGAAAGAUUAGCCAAAAAUAUAGAAGCUUUAGACCUGAUCUCUUAAAUUACGAUGAUAUUAUGAGCCUAAAGUAUAUGGAUCAAGUAAUUAAAGAAGUUUUGCGGUUACAUCCUCCAAUAACAUUAUUUGAUAGAGUGGCCUCUGAAGACUAUUAUUUGGAAGACAAAUUAAUCAAAAAGGGUACUGUCAUUGAAGUGCCUGUCUAUGCAAUGCACCGAGAUGAGAAUAUUUGGCCAUCGCCUAACGAAUUUGAUCCGGAUCGAUUUUGUCUAAAAGACUCAACUAUGGAACAACAAUAUAGUUAUAUGCCCUUCGGUUUUGGUCCUAGAAAUUGUAUAGGUUUACGUUUUGCAAUGCUGGAGAUCAAAAUUGGUUUAACUUUAAUUCUAGGGUCCAACAUAAAAUUCGUCUUAGCCCCUGGAGACAUUAAUUCCGAUUUAACUCCUGACAACACGAAAUUUAAAAAAAAUGGUAUCAACUUUCCUAAAAAUGGGAUUAAAAUAGGAAUAAAAUACGUGGAAGAAAAUGAUUCAUAAAUUUUUGCAACAAAAUAUUUUUAUUUUUUAUAACAUUUAAAAUAUAAAUACGAUAUUAUCACCAUUUUUUUAAUAGUUUGAUUUUAAAAAAAAACAUUUUAAAUAUGCCAUAAUAUCAAUAAAUAUU